AUGGCGGAGGCAGAUGAUAUGGCGGGGAAGGAGAGGAACAUGGAAUACAGAGAGCGUGCCCCCAGCCAACUCCUGGGUCCUGAGGCGCUAGUGCUGCUUCUUCUCACUUCCAUAACUCUGGCAUCCCUCUCAAUAAUUCCGGCUGGGGCUGCUGUCAAACUGUGCGCAGAUUUUCCAGAAGAUCUGGAGGAGUUGCUUCUUUGCACCUACAUUUUUAUUAUUUGCUUCGGAUCUUUUAUUAAGGUUGCUCUUUUCAUCGAAGAAGGGGGAACUGUACACGAGCUGUUGCGUCUACUGUGCACUGCAAGGAGCCAGUAUGGCAGUGGCGAAACAAGUGACUGUAUCCGCAACCUUUACAAAAGAAUGGUGGACAAGCUCUACCGAUGCAUCCGGGUCAUGAUGGUGCCUUCACUGAUGUUCUGGGUGGCCUCUCCGAUACUUUCCAGUGUUGUCCUGAAAGAAGACCAGGAAAACCACCGACAGCUACCGAAACCCAUCUGGUUGUCUGCAGACAUAAACUCAUCGUCGAUCUAUGAAUUGCUGUACGUCACCCAGUUUAUUUGUCUGGUGAUAGCAGCGGAGGCUACAUUGUGUCUGGACGUUUUCUUCGUUCGACUUAUGAUGUUGGUUGCAGCCGAGAUAGAAGCCUUAAACCAGAGUAUUUCGACAAUCCAUAUUUUCCGUUCGAAAGCUGCAACAUUGGAUGACAACAUAUAUGAUUCUGGAGAUAAAGAACGGUCAAUCGAACUCGAUAUCAGUAAUUCAUCUCAAGCUGCAGACAAUAAUUCAAAGAACGUUUCAGGAGAGCUGUUCUCAAGUGUAGUGAAGAAUAUUCUUCAUCAUCAGACAAUUCGCAGGUUCGUCUUUCUGUUGCAGACAACAAUUAACACAUCUACCUCUAUUCUUCUGUUAAUGAAUAUGGCGAAUUUAUGUUCCAAUAUGUUUGUCACGACUGGUUUGCUUCAGAGAGACGGAAAUCUAACGAAGGCUACGAUGGCAGUGUUGGCGGUACCUCCAAUCCUCUUCCAGACAGGGAUGUACUGCGUUUUCGGUCAAAUCACAACUGACCAGGGCGACAAGCUGCCUGAUUCGGCCUUCAGUUGUGGCUGCAUCAACUGCGAUGCUCACUUCAAACGCAACCUGCUCAUCUUGAUGACGAUGGUGGGAAGGCCAAUCGAGAUCACGGUGGGCAAAACGUGCCAGCUGUUGAAGCAGAUGUUGCUCCAGGAGCUCAACGGAACGUACGCCCUGCUGAACAUGCUUCUUCAGGUGCGCAGCACUGAGUGA